CGCGCGAACACUCAAAAGAACUCAAAGCUAGUGACACGAAAUGACGACGCCCACGGGUCCGGUAACCGUCGCCAGUGAGUUCGCCUUCCGCGCCGGCGAAUCGUUCCCCUCGUACGACCAGUUCCGGGCCCGCCUGGAGGCGCACACCCAUCACGACCUGGUCCACUACUGGCGGCGUGAUUCGCGCACCAUCGAGGGAGCCUCCUACAAGACGUCCUGUCCGAUUCGGCCCGACCUGCGGUACUACUCGGUGCGCUAUGCGUGCAUCUUUGGCGGCCAAAAGUUCGCCACGAAGGCCACCGGCGUUAAGAGGGUGCGAACGUCGCUGCGUAACAAUUGUCCGGCGUUUAUCGCGCUUCGCGCGACCAAGUGUGGCCAACUGCUUCAGGUGGUCGACGUGUGUAACGUCCACAAUCACGAGGUGACCCAGGAAAACUUGGCUCACAGCAAGAAACUUUCGUCGGAGGAGCGACAGAAGGUGCUGGAACUGCUGUUUUACGGCGUUGACCGGAGGUUGAUUAAACAGUAUGUGCACACGAAAACGGGUAAGGAGCUGAGCUCGAAGGACAUCUGCAACAUGGCGGCUUCGCUGAAGAAGCGGGUGGAGUUUCAGGACAUGCUGGAGGAUCCGGAGCGGACGGCAGCGUUGACGAGGGAGCUUGUGCAGGUUGUGAAGCUUGGUGGGGAGUCCUACGAAAAGCUUGAAGAGUUGGUUGAAGACUCUGAAGUUUAUGGAAUGCUGGAAGAACGUUUGUUGGACGAUGACGCUGACGGUUAUGAGAAUUACAAGACUGAAAUGGUUAGCGUAGAAUCGGUUGAAGAAGAACUAGUCCAAGAAUCUCUCGAGAAUCAAAGACAGGAGGUUGAAGAAUGUCCAAUUCCGAUUGCGAAAGCCUGUAAAAAUCGCCACAGGUGGAAAUCCAAUCGAUGCUUUGCAUGCGGCUCAAAUAAUCGGCUAGUUCGAGCGCAGCUGGAAGUGCUUCGAGCUAGAAGGGAUAAGCUUCGGGAAGAAACCCGGAUUCUUCGAUUGAAAAGGAGAAAAUUGCAGCUUGAGGUCGAUGUAUUGAAUAAAAGACUUGAAACGUACAAUAAAGCAUUUUAAUACGAAA